AUGGCACGCGUGGUCAUCCCCGUGCCUUGUGUCGUGGGGGAUGUGGCGUGUGUUCAUGUCCGGCAAGGGGAUGGGGAUGGGGAUGGGGAUGGGGAUGGGGAUGGGGAUGGGGAUGGGGAUGGGGAUGGGGAUGGGGAUGGGGAUGGGGAUGGGGAUGGGGAUGGGGAUGGGGAUGGGGAUGGGGAUGGGGAUGGGGAUGGGGAUGGGGAUGGGGAUGGGGAUGGGGAUGGGGAUGUGUUACUCGUGCACACCAACGAAUCCGCUUCACCUGUCCCAUCGGACUUGAGUAGAGCUUACAGUGCAGUGAGGGCAGUCAGGUAUUGA